GAGCUUUCUCAUCCAGUUACACAGCUGAGGUUGCGAGUGCCCUGUCCCAGCCUCCCCCUCCAGCCCAAGCCUGGGUUAACCCCAGAUAAGAGCGUUAUCUGUCCCGGUGCCCUGGAUCUAAAGCUGUGUCUGGACACGUUUCACCUCAGCAGGGUGUGUUCUCCUCCCUGGGGAAGAGUGGAUUGUCCUUGGGCUCUGGGGACACCUGAGCAGUGGUUGAAGGAUCCCUAGGAAUGGUAUGUGGGCACAUUCCAUGACAGUUCAAGAUUACCAGGAUCUCAUAGACAGAGGAUGGCGAAGAAGUGGAAAAUAUGUCUAUAAGCCUAUCAUGAAUCAAACAUGUUGUCCUCAGUACACAAUAAGGUGCCAAGCAUUGCAUUUUCAGACCUCUAAAUCUCAAAAGAAAGUUCUGAAGAAAAUGUUGAAAUUUCUUUCCAAAGGAGAUGUUUCGAAAGCAGGGAGUGAAGAAGAGCCUAUGGAUUCCCAUAUAGAAGAUGCUGUUGUGUGUGAUUUUGCACACAAAAGUGAAUCCCGUGUCAGUCAGUCUGAGCUGACUCCCCUGAGUGUGGAUCACACAGAGAGGGUGGAAAAUGAAGAUAAGGACACUAAAGAAACAAAAGAAGAGGUGAAAGAGCAGGAGGUGGAAUCAGGGUCUCUCCAGAUAUGUGCAGAUAGAGACACACCAGUCCCUGGAGAACCAUCACAUUCAUCUAAAGUUGCUCGUGCACUGCCCAAGCCAGGGAAAGGGGCUGAUCAGAGCAAACCACCCUGUCGAAAAGCAAAGGACAUACGGAAAGAAAGGAAGCUGCAGAAACUCCUCCAGAAACAGCCAUGCACCUUGGAAGACCCUCAGCUUCAAGGAGGAGAUCAGGUUUCCCUUUCACAAAACUCUAAAUCUAAACCAAACCAACCCAAAACAAUUGAAGACUUCAUUUUUGUCUCUUUACCUGAUGAUGCACCACACAAACUAGAGGUGAGGGUGGUGAGAUCAUCUCCACCAAGUUCACAGUUCAAAGCCACAUUUCAGGAGUCUUACCAGGUCUAUAAACGUUACCAGAUGGUUAUUCACAAGGACCCACCUGAUAAACCAACUAUAAAUCAGUUCACACGAUUCCUCUGUGAUUCCCCCCUGGAGGCAGAGAAUGCAGCAGAUGGACCAGACUGUGGCUAUGGUUCCUUCCACCAGCAGUACUGGCUGGAUGGGAAGAUAAUUGCUGUUGGUGUCAUUGAUAUCCUGCCCUACUGUGUGUCCUCUGUCUAUCUGUACUAUGACCCAGAAUAUUCUUUCUUAUCUCUGGGAGUCUACUCUGCAUUAAGGGAAAUUGCUUUCACGAGGCAACUUCAUGAAAAAGCUCCUGAUCUCUGUUUUUAUUACAUGGGUUUCUACAUUCAUUCAUGCCCCAAAAUGAGAUACAAGGGUCAGUACAAACCCUCUGACUUGCUGUGUCCGGAGACGUACGUCUGGACACCGAUUGAGCAGUGCCUGCCCCUGCUGGAGCAUUCCAAGUACUCUCGGUUCAACCAGGAUGCCAAAGCUGUGGAUGAAGGGCGCAUUAAGGAGCUGGGCAGAGUCAGGGUGCUUCACAAGAGGACCGUGAUGCCUUACAGCGUCUACAAGAAAAGAAGGAAGGGGCCAAGUGAUGAAGCCAGUGUUCAGCAAUAUGCAAGCUUGGUGGGACAGACCUGCUCAGAAAGAAUGCUGCUGUUUCGGAGCUGAGCCAGCACUAAAUGGCAUUUUGAUGUUUUAUUGCACUGCCACUGGAUGAUCUGUACUAUAGCUGUGUGUGGGUAUGCCUGCUCAAGUAGCAGUCUGAAAUACAGGUAUAUAUCUAGGCUUGUGUGAAUACAUGCUGCUGUGUGUUUAAAGGCCAACUCCAGUAAAACUUACAAUACAGCAAGGCUUUAGCAAUAUCAGUUUAGAAAAACAUGCUUGUAGUAUAUAUGAAGUAGUCUGAGCCGUUCUAUGCAUUUUGGAUAAUUCUGAGUAUCUGAGCAAAAUGAAAAACAGGUGUCUUUUUUUUUUUUUUUUCUUUUUUUGUAGAGACAAAAGCUGACUAAAUCUAGAUUAACAGUUAUUAAAUUACAGAUGUUUGCAGAUAGCACCUUGGAUAUGUUGUUAAAAAAAUCUCCAUGAAAUUUGUGCUUGAAUCUGCUCCUAAACUCUUGACACAUGUUGUUAGUUUCUGAUGUGAAAUCUGGCAUGGUUUAAUUUCAUUUCAAUAUUUAAAACCAGGAAGAAAUUCUUUUCACCUGCACGUUCUUCAUCUGUUUGAAGCAGUGGGUUAGUGUCUGAGGUCCUAGUGAGUGUAGGAGUUCAUAGUAGGUUUUCAGUGGCAGGGGACACAGUGCUUUGGAAAACUUUCCCCUUUAGAGAUGAAACAGAAUAGUUGCACUAUAAAUAUACCAAAGAUAUGCAGCCAGGUGGCACGGUGUUUUUUUGGUAUAAGCCUUAUCCUUUGUCUAAAAAGAGUGGCUAUUUUGAUACUCAUCACUAAUGUGAAAUAAGCUCGGGUGGUUUAUUCUGGAAAUCUUCACAUUUCAGAACUAUGCUACUAAAAACAAACAAACCAUGAGGUACCACUGCUGGGUUUAGUUGCAAUUUUUAUUUUUUUUCCUGCAGAAUUGUAUGGGAAGACUGAAAUAUCAUAUUUCUUCAUUUUUACUGACUGUUCUGUUUAUGGUGCAGCAGCUCACAGGUUGACAUCUUUAAUAAUAUUUUACUAAAUACUUCUCUUGGCAACAGAGGAAGUUGUGAUGCUUUAUGAAAGCACUUUAUUAUCUCAUGGAUCAAUGUCUGUGUCCCUAACAAGUCAUACAAGUUAAAGGAAUUUGGGGAAAUGUCACUGUUGUGUUUGUGAUGUAUUACAUGUAUAACAAUGCCAAGGCAUUUGUGUUUCUCUUAUCUCCAUGGAUAACAGGACCUUGAAUCAACUUAAAGUUUCCUGUUAUUCUUUGCAGAGAGAUUCUUGUUCAAGAAUAUAUAUACAGGUGGUUUUUCCCCAGAAAGGAAUCAAAUUCAGAUUUACCCUCUGAGCAUUGCAUCUCCUAUCUCUCAUGAGUUUGAUUUCAUUUUAAUCAUUUGGCCAAUAUAUUAUGAAUCAUUGAUUUUAUGUGGAACAGAUGUCAGUAUUUUAGCACUCAAGUGCACUGCAGAUUUAACUUUUCCCCCAUAUCUGAUAAUUGUAAUGUUAUUGAUACAGAGUACAGCUUUGACAGUAAUUUUUAAAAGUAAUCUUAUGUUUUAUUAAUUGGGAUGUUUUGUACUGAUCUCCCAGUCUAGUGAUUAUUUCUGUUCAGCAAGUAUGUGUUUAUCUGAACCCAAGAAGUUUCUCUUUACUGUACAAUCCAGUUUGUCCAUGUCUUAUGUAAACCUGUGGCCAUGAGAGAACCACUAAGUACUUUUUAUGAUCAUUAUUAUGAAGUGUUCCUUUCUGUGAGGAAAAUACUCUUGCCACUCAGUGAAUGUCUGAGCAAUAUAUAACAUUUUCUGCAUACACAACGUGUUGAAAAGCAGUGAUGCCCAAAUGGCUUGAAAUCUAAAUAAAUGAGAAAACCCCUUUCAGCUGAUAGAAAAUCAAACAUUGGGCACAGAGAAAUUCCAGGAUGAUUUGGAAAUUCUUAAAAAUUAUCAAAAGCCAUUUAAUGAUGGCCUUGCUGUGCUCCAGGGGAAGCCAAAGCUUCUGUUAAGUUGCAAAGGAGCAGAUGUGUCACUCCUGAGAGUUCCUGAAGAGCUCCAUCUUUUUGUUGGUUUGUUCCUGACAUGCCUUCUAGAUGUGAAUCAGACUUUUGGGUGAUGCUGUUUCUCUUGAGGAGCUUUAUAAGACAAGGCAGAUACGUAUGAGAAUGGAAAUGGAGCACAGCUUGAAGUUGUCCUUAGUGUGACCACUAAAGGGAACACAGACCAUUCCCUAUGAAACCUAAAUGGUGCUUUCACCUUCUGACCUUCACUGGUACUGCAGCAAAUUAACUAAAAAAAAACCUGAGUCCAUCUGAUGUAGGAUGCUGAGACCUGACCCCCUUCUUUAGUGUUACUUUGGAAGGCAAUGGGGGAGUUGUUCUUCAGGACUGAUUCCUCCAUCCCUGUUUUAGAAGUGGAAUAGAGUCUGAGGAUGAAGUUCUGUAAGUUUUGCCAUUGACUUCAGUGGUGGUGAAAAUUCCCCACUAGUUAAGAUGUUGCCAUGGAAAAUUAUUGAAUUUGGAGAUACUUCAUUUACCACAAUUUCUAAGAGGGUUUUUAUAGUGUAGUUAGUUUGUGAGAGUAAAUCCCUGAGGAAAGGCUGCCUUGUUCUGUUGUCUGUUGAUAAAAUAGUGGCAAGAAAAUGCAGAGCUGUGACCAGUACUAAAAAAAAUACCAUUUUGUGUUUUAAUUGGAACUAACUGGGGAGUUUACCCCUUUCCAGCAUCAACACAUUUCACUAAAUGCAAAGCAACCCGCAUGUUGAGUUUGUAAUUGCUUUUCAGCAGGCCUGUUGGACUUCUAAGUGUAGAAAAUAAAAGUUAUUUCUAGUCUCUGUGAA